UUUGCAGUCGGCUUUUCAGUUCUUUGCUUGCGUUUUGACAAUAGGUGGCGAGAGUUCGUUCAGUCCGCGCGCGGCUGUGCCAACGUACAGACAUAGACAAAAACGCAUUGUGGAAUCACAUAUGUGCUGCGGGAGGUAGAGGUGUUUGCAAGUGAAAUUCAAAAGGCAAGAACAAGAUGCAUAGAGCACAUACGGCUUUUAAUUUGGUGCUAUCACCCAUUGCACAAAAAAACUUUGCCACGUGGUUGGUUAAGGAUGGCAGUCCAAAGAUGUGGAAAAAUUCCACAGUUUUGGCUGCCAUCCGUGCAUAUAGUUCGGCGCCAGCUGAGCAAUUCGCCUCAGGUACGUCCGCUACGUAUGUCGAAGAAAUGUACAACUCAUGGCUACGCGAUCCAACUUCAGUCCACACGUCGUGGGAUGCGUAUUUCCGUAGCAAUUCGUAUAAUGCCCCACCGGAUUUCCAACCUAUUCAGAGAAACUUGGUUCCCCUUUCCAGUGGCGUUAGUGGGCUCUCCUCUAGUGGAGCCAUUGAUUCGAAGACAAUCGAGGACCACUUAGCAGUACAAGCUAUCAUAAGGAGUUAUCAGUCUCGUGGUCAUUUGGCAGCUGAUCUGGAUCCAAUCGGCAUCUUGAGAAAGGAUAUUGCUGUCAGCAAAGAUGGUCAGACCCGACGAGCUAACGAAGCUGUGCUGCGGCAGCACUCCUCCUUUUUCGUUGGAGAACAAGAUAUGGAUCGGCCUUUUAAACUUCCCAGUACUACAUUCAUCGGUGGAGAUGAAACUACUUUACCUUUGCGUGAGAUCCUUAAUCGCCUGGAAAAUGUAUACUGUAAUAAAGUGGGUGUGGAGUAUAUGUUCAUCAAUUCGUUGGAGCAGUGCAAUUGGAUUAGAAAACGCUUUGAGACACCUGGAGUUACGAACUUUUCACCAGAACAAAAGCGCCUUAUUUUAGCACGUUUGACCCGAGCAACAGGGUUUGAAGCCUUUUUGGCCAAGAAAUAUUCGUCUGAAAAGCGUUUCGGUCUAGAGGGUGGUGAGAUGCUCAUACCAGCCAUGAAAGAGGUUAUUGAUGUUUCAACUGAGUUGGGCGUCGAAUCGGUUAUAAUGGGAAUGCCACAUCGAGGUCGCCUCAAUGUCUUAGCCAAUGUUUGUCGUAAACCUUUACCCCAAAUAUUCACACAAUUCGCUGGUUUGGAAGCAGAAGACGACGGGUCCGGUGAUGUGAAAUAUCAUUUAGGAACCUACAUUGAACGCUUGAAUCGUGUCACAAACAAAAAUAUUAGAUUAGCCGUUGUUGCCAAUCCUUCCCAUUUGGAAGCAUCCUGCCCUGUAGUGCAGGGUAAAACUCGCGCUGAACAAUUUUAUCGCGGUGAUCAAGAAGGCAAAAAGGUGAUGUCUAUUUUAUUGCAUGGAGAUGCUGCAUUCAGUGGUCAAGGUGUUGUAUACGAAACGAUGCACUUGUCAGAUCUGCCCGACUACACCACGCAUGGCACCAUUCACGUUGUCGUGAAUAACCAAAUUGGCUUCACCACAGAUCCCCGUUUCUCACGCUCCUCGCCCUACUGCACGGAUGUGGCACGUGUUGUUAACGCUCCAAUUUUCCAUGUAAAUGCAGACGACCCAGAAGCUGUUGUGCAUGUUAGUAGAGUAGCCGCUGAAUGGCGUGCUACCUUCCACAAGGACGUCGUUAUCGAUUUGGUCAGCUACCGUCGCAAUGGUCACAACGAGGUGGAUGAGCCUAUGUUCACACAACCGCUCAUGUAUCAAAAGAUUAGAAAACACAAAACUUGCUUGGAAUUGUACGCGAACAAACUCAUCGCAGAAGGCACUGUCACACCUGAAGAAGUGAAGACUGUGGCAGACAAGUACGAUAAAAUCUGCGAGGAGUCUUUGGAAUUAGCUAAGCAGGAAACACAUAUUAAGUACAAGGACUGGCUUGAUUCUCCCUGGUCUGGGUUCUUCGAAGGCAAAGAUCCUCUGAAAGUAUCACCAACAGGCGUGAAAGAGGAAACCCUUGUACACAUUGGCAACCGAUUCUCAUUACCCCCUCCAAAUGCCGCUGAAUUCGUCAUUCACAAGGGUUUGCUACGUGUGUUGGCUGCUCGCAAGGCAAUGGUUGACGAGGGGAUUGCUGACUGGGCCUUAGCAGAGGCAAUGGCUUUUGGAUCGCUGCUUAAAGAGGGUAUUCAUGUGAGGUUGUCUGGUCAGGAUGUUGAGCGUGGCACCUUCUCACACAGGCAUCAUGUAUUACAUCACCAGUUGGUGGACAAAGCAGUCUAUAAUCCUUUGCAGCACCUGUAUCCCGAUCAAGCACCUUAUUCAGUUUCGAAUAGUUCCCUUUCGGAGUUUGCUGUUUUGGGUUUCGAACACGGCUAUUCUAUGACUAACCCCAAUGCUUUGGUGUUGUGGGAAGCUCAGUUCGGUGAUUUCUGUAACACUGCUCAAUGUAUUAUCGAUCAGUUUAUCGCGAGCGGUCAAGCCAAAUGGGUUCGCCAAUCUGGAUUGGUCUGUCUUUUGCCUCAUGGUAUGGAAGGUAUGGGCCCAGAGCACUCAUCGGGUCGUCUAGAACGCUUCCUGAACCUAUGCGCUGAUGAUCCCGACUAUUUCCCACCCGAGUCUGAAGAGUUUGCCAUUCGACAAUUGCAUGACAUUAAUAUGAUCGUUGCCAACUGUUCAACUCCAGCUAAUUAUUUCCACAUUUUGCGUCGCCAGAUCGCCUUGCCUUUCCGCAAGCCUUUGAUUAUAAUGACUCCCAAGUCUCUGUUGCGUCAUCCAUUAGCAAGAAGUCCAUUCAAGGAAAUGGCCGAAUGUAGUGAAUUCAGACGCAUAAUUCCUGACGAAGGCCCUGCUGCUGAAAACGCAAAUAAUGUGAAAAAAGUGCUCUUCUGUACUGGACGUGUUUUCUACGACCUGCUAAAGGCACGCGAGGAUAAGAAAUUAGAAAAAGACAUCGCCAUCGUGCGUGUGGAACAGAUUUCUCCCUUCCCAUUCGACUUAGUCAAAGAACAAAGCAACGUAUAUAAGAAUGCUGACUUGUUCUGGGUACAGGAGGAGCACAAGAACCAGGGUGCCUGGACGUAUGUGCAACCUCGUUUCCUGACCGCACUAAACCACGAUAAAGAUAUUGGCUCCUCUACCCAGACCACAAGACAAACUAAUGCCGACUCUGCUUCCGAUUCCGAUUCGAAAUCGAAACCGUGGUUGAGUCGCAUGUUCGCCAAUGAAAAGGCCGACGGCGCCGCAGGCGAUCAGAAACCAGUCGACUAUUUCGAUAUGCGCGAAGUUCGUGAUAUGCAAGGCAAUUUCAAUAAGCCCGCUGGCAUCCAGGACAUUUCGCCAAAAUACAACUUUGGACGUAAAAUUAGCUACAUUGGAAGGCCAUGCAGCGCUUCUGCUGCCACCGGCUCCAAGGUGCAGCACACCCGUGAGCUUAACGCACUGCUCAACGAUGCUACGACGGUCUAAAUGGCUGAAUACGACGUGAUGCACAAUGAAGUCAACAACCAGCUCGAGAUAUUUCAGUAGGUACACGCAUCCACAAUCUGCGACUUAAACCCACAACAAUAAUGGACACUUAAUUUAUAAAAUUAUUUUUUGUUUUAUUUUUAUUGACCAGCAUAAUAAAUAACUACUUACAUAGGUACAUAUAUGGUUAUUGCAGUUUCUGCUGUCGACAUUUGUAAAAAAAGAGUAUAAUUAAUACGAUAUAAAGAUAAACUGUUAAGUUAUGUAUUGAGAAAGAUCGUCUCAACAUUUGUGAAACUCAAAGAUGUGAAUAUAUCGAACAAAAAUGCAAAUAUUUUUAAAAUAGAAGCAGAACAAUGCUUGUUUAUGUGAAUGUUUUAAUUUGUGUAUUGACAGCAUAAUUUAAUUUGUUGUUUUUGAUUGUUCGUGAAAACACGCUAAAGAAAACGUCAAUGAAUUGCUGUAACAAAGUAGUUGUGAACUACGAAGAAGCCAGCUAUCAGGGAUUAAUUAAUUUCAAUAUGUAUUGUUAAUUUAUCUUUUGUGCGUUGUCGAUGGGCAGCUCCAGGUACCAACGUAUAUAUUCGUCCUUUCAACUAAGGUGCAAAUGAAAAUUUAAUUGCGAAAUCGUAAAUGAGCAAUAUCUGGUUUGUUAUUUUUUUAUAAACAUCUUUUUUUCCUGAUAUUCUCAGCCAGCUACUUUUUGUCAUAGAAAUGCUUUCCACUUUUCGCUGGUAUACAUCUUUUUGCCCACAUACGCAGACAUAAAAGUAAUAUUUAUAGAUGCGUAAAAAUAAACAACAUUGUUUAUGAUUUUAUAUUUAAAUAGAACAUUGAUUUAAUUAUGACUCAGAAUUUGUAAAAUAAUUGUGCCUAUAAAAGUGAAAGCCCUGUCGCGGGCUUUGGUUCGCUUCUUUAUUUCUUGAUUUUAUUUAUGUAUUCUAUUGUUUAUGAUUUAUCGUUGCCUAUGAUUUAAUGCUAUUAAUUUAUAAGUCUACAUGAUACUAUUAAAUAAAAAAUUGAAAUAUUUAAAUAAACACAAUACUUACUCAGCA